ACACAAUAUCCACUCCUCAAAACCUUCAAACAUCUCGACCCAGUCCGCACAUCAUUUGCCCAGUAUAUUGACGAAUAAAGAUAUUGAAAAUGGCAGAAGAAGUUGAAGCCUCUCAGUCUGGGGUUGAUGAGGUCGGUGUCGGCGGACCAGGAGCACCAACGCCACUCUCAGCUCUUAUUGUAUGAUUCCAACCCACGACUCGAAUGCUUCUGCCAGCUAACAUAUCCAUAGGGUGUCGCAGGUCUUACCAAGCGUGAUAUACAGCUGAUUGUCGAUGGUGGUUUCAAUACUGUCGAGUCCGUGGCAUACACUUCUCAUAGAGUUCUGGAACAAAUCAAAGGAAUCUCUGAACAGAAGGCAACCAAGAUCCUGACCGAGGGUGUGUAAAAGAUGAAAUAACUGCAAUUAACUGUCUAACUGAACAACAGCCUCGAAACUUGUACCUUUGGGAUUUACUACAGCCACCGAAAUGCACCAGCGCAGGAGCGAAUUGAUUUCCAUUACGACGGGAUCAAAGCAGCUGGAUACAUUAUUGGCUGGAGGUAUUGAGACUGGUUCGGUGACUGAGAUAUUUGGAGAGUUUCGAACAGGAAAGAGUCAGAUUUGCCAUACCUUGGCUGUUACCUGCCAACUGCCAUUCGAUAUGGGAGGAGGAGAGGGGAAAUGCCUUUACAUCGACACAGAGGGCACAUUUCGACCGGUCCGUCUGCUUGCGGUGGCAAAUCGAUACGGUCUUUCCGGAGAAGAAGUCCUCGAUAAUGUCGCAUAUGCUCGUGCCUACAACUCCGAUCACCAACUUCAAUUACUAAAUCAAGCAGCUUCCAUGAUGUGUGAAACUCGAUUCUCUCUUCUAAUUGUCGACAGUGCUACCUCACUUUACCGUACGGACUUUGUUGGACGAGGAGAGCUUUCAUCAAGACAGACUCACUUGGCAAAAUUCCUUAGAACUCUUCAGCGUCUUGCUGAUGAAUUUGGAAUUGCGGUCGUCAUAACCAAUCAAGUUGUUGCUCAAGUCGAUGGAGGCCCAAGUGCCAUGUUCAAUCCAGAUCCGAAGAAACCUAUUGGUGGAAAUAUCAUCGCACACGCCAGUACUACCAGAUUAAGUCUCAAGAAAGGUCGUGGGGAGACUCGAAUCUGCAAGAUAUACGACAGUCCCUGUCUCCCAGAGAGCGAUUGUCUAUUUGCAAUCAAUGAGGAUGGUAUUGGUGACCCAAGCCCCAAGGACUUGGAGAAGGAUUAGAUCUUGGAGGGACUUUACGAUGCAUACCUAGGGGGAUAUUGAGAGAUAAUUACGAGUUGCGCGAACUUUUUCUUCUAUUUAUUUGUCUGCAUGGAUUAUGGUCAUGGCGUGGGGG